CAGUCUCUUGGCGCGUGCACGCCGACCCGCUCGCGCGAUACUUACGUGUACUCGCGGACCGACGCGACAACUUAAAUUAAUUUGAUAUUACACGACCCGCGGUUCGUCGGUACCGUUAUUAUUGCUAACUCGUAAUAUCGCGCACGCCUUUUUUUUUAUUCUUCCGAGCUUUCGCGCCACGCGCUCGCAGUGACUACGUUUCCCGUGUGCGACACACGUCGUGCAAAAGUUCCGUCCGGUAUAAAAGAUACGCACUACGUCUUUUGGUUUUCUUCUUUAGCCGCGACUUUUGACGUCCGCCGCGGGUCGUAUAUAGUACAAAUACGACGCGUUAUCCGCCCGGACGAAACGCGGAAAGGGCCACGCAUUUAUAAUUCCUAAUUUCACGAUUAUGCACGAUUCAAAAUAAAGAAGAGAUGUACGUUUUUUACGCAAAAAAAAAUAUGCAUUAAAAUCACGAAUAUGGAUAAAAAUAUUACUCCUACGUCGGAUUUAGCUUCUCUGGAUUGCUGGGAUUAUACAAUCGAGUUGGAAUGUCUUCGCGGUCCACAAGACUUACAGCUAGCCGCUGAACUAGGCAAAACUCUGUUAGAGAGAAAUAAAGAAUUGGAAACCAACUUGAGGCAACAACAAAAUGUCGUGGAAGAUCGCAAUCAAGAGAUCGAGUAUCUUACCAAACAAACGGCCGCUCUGAGAGAAGUGAACGAUUCCAGGUUGCGUAUUUACGAGCAACUGGAAAUCAGUAUUCAGGAUCUAGAGAGAAAUAACCAGAGGCUCGUUCAAGAAAACAUUAAUGACAAAAAACAUAUAAAAAGUUUAUACGAUACAAUCGAAAGUUUGGAAAGUCGCUGCGAAGAUUUGCAGCACCUAGUCGACGACAUGGGUCAUUUAAAAAAAGACGACAGCGUAGUCAGCGAAGGUAGUGGCAGUGGUGGAGCUGUGAUCGAAGAUCAAGAUGAAUAUGCUAAACUUGCUUCACAAUUGGAGCAUGCGAAAAAUCUAAGAGUCAAGGAACAGAGAAAAGUGUCUGAACUAGAACAAAACGUGUCCUUACUUAUACAGGAGAACACUAGUCUAGAAGAAAAAGUAAGUGUAAUGCAACAAAAAGACGAAGAACUGAAAACGCUCCAAGAUCAAAUCGUCUAUUUAGAAGAAAUUAGGCAAGGAAACCUAUGUCGGCGUUGUCAGCGUAGUACUGACCCAAACCUAUUCGAUGAGUAUUCAGUGUAUGAUGACGAUGAUGACACUGAUGAUAUUAGUGCUAUAGGAUCAUAUGUCGAAACUCACAAACACGAAGUCUUGCAACAAUUACAAGAGACGUUGGGGGAGAACUAUUCCGAGGACAACCCGUACCGAAUAUUGGUGGACAAAUACGAGGCGCUGUUGAAGAUCCAACAGAAGCACAACGCGUUCACGCCGAUGGUGCCGUCGACCAACGUCAACAACAACAACACCGUCGGCAACAAGGACGGCCAGAAUCGGGGCAUAUCGCUGCACGAGGAGCUGCAGAUGUCCGGGCAGUUCUCGUCGUUUAAUGGCAACGCGUCGGAUAGCGACGACAGCAGCGACGACGAAGGCCUGCCGAACAACGGGCGGGCGGCACCCGGAUCGGGAACCAUCGGCGGCGGUGGGACCCAGUGCAAGUAUUCCGAGACCGAGACGACGUCGUCGUCGGGCUUCUCGGACGAGACGAGCAACAAGUGCACGCAAACCGAAACGUUCUUCACCGGUUCGUUCCUGUGCACCAUUUCGGACGGCGAUGACUGCCGGUUCAGCAUCUACGACGACGCUAGCCCGGUGGAGAGCCGGUUCCGGAAGACGCCCGAGUACCGUCAACUGUUCCGCGAGAUAUUCGCCGUGCUCAAACGGGCGGCUGAGGCCAAGGACGAGGGCGAGAGACUGCCGCUGCUCCAGGACGACGACCGCGGCUACGAGGGCGAAGACGUCGACGACGCCACUGACACUCCGACCUGCGGCCGUUCGUCCGCGUCGGCGACCGGGACACCGCGAGUGCCGCCGGCCACACCGGCCUGCGAGCACAACCCGUUAAUGUCGACCAUAGAAUCGGAGACGGUCGAACGGCGUCCGACCACGCCACCACCGCAACCACCAUCACAGCAACGGCAACAGUUGGACGACCAACAACGACCGCAACAGCAGCGAGCCGAGCAACAGCCACAACCGGCUGCAGUGGACGAACAGCAACAGCAACAGCAGCAGGAGCCACGCCGUCGCCGCCGGGACAUCAUCGAGGAGUUUGCGUCCAUAGUCAAGCACAAGAAACACGUCCGGCACCGCAAGCCGGCCACUGCUAAUCAACAGUCCAAGGACAUUAGCCAUCUGGUGGACUUCAAGUGGACCGACCAGGUGACGCGCCGGCAGCCCAGGAGCGGCAGUGGCGACAGGCCACCGUCGUCGCACAGGGCCACGUGGUGCGCCGUCCCUAAUGAUGGCGCGGAAGCGUCGCCCGCCGUGGCCCAACCGUACGCCAGCACUGCGUCUCAGGAAGUGGCUAAGCUCAAGAUGCUGGACAAGUCGUACGCCGAGGUGUUAAGAAGGAGGAAAGUGCUACCGUCUACGUCCAACAGGCCGCAAUCGCAUUACCAACAUUAACGAGAUCGUAUGUUAUGAUUACGAUCCUCCGCUAAUAUGGGUUAUGAUUACUUGUUAAUUCUACGUAUUUAAAAUUGUUUUUUCAAAUCCUUUAUUCCUAUAAUAUUAUUAGCCCGUCGCGGGGUUGAACAAAAAUUUAAAAAAAAAAACAAAUUAAGAUUAAUAAAAGUCUCCCAAUGAUUUGUGAUCCUGUGGGAUUUUGAUUGCUCCCAUUAUUAAUAUUAUUAUUUAAACUCCUUUUUUAUUAUUAUUAUUAUUAAUGUUGAUAAUUCACUAUCAAGGUAUCUUAAUUUAGUAACUAUAUGUACCUAUUAUAUAGUAUUAGCGUACCUCUACUGAGUUUGUUUCCACCGUUGGUUUUUUUGUAUUCAUAAUAUUAAUAACGAUAUUUUAUACUUAUAA